AUGGGCAAGUCCAUCCGUUCAAAGCAAAAGCGAAAGCAUCGCACAGAAUUCCGUAAGACGAUCGGAACGGAUGCCUACAACAAGAACAUGGAACUGACACAGAAGAAUCUCAAGGACUGCAUUGAAAAGCAAUCUACCAGUAUGGAGGGUUUACAGCGUCUAUCCAAGCAAUUGGGAAAUUCCGAAACUCCCACACCCCAAGAUUUUGACUCGAAAAUGGAUGGUGGCGUGGCGGAUGCCUUGGAGACCACCACCGCUCCAGUCAAUACUGAUUUGCUGAGGGGAGAAAACAAGGCACCGAAGAGAAAGGCCCAUAAAGCAAAGAAGUAUUCCCACAUGCUCAAAGCGAGAGGGGUCAGCAAAAAGGAGAAAAAGGAAAAACCAAAGCCCAAGUUCUUUUGCCAGUUCUAA